AUGGUUUCCUUUACCUCAAACCAAGCUCAGUGCGUGUUGGGACAGAAACUCGAAGUUCUUGUCGUCCAUGACCCGUUAAGUCCGGUUCCUCCACCAACACCUAGCAAGAACCUACCUCUCGGAAACACCUACAAGGUCGGAGAGUCAAAAGGAUGGAACGUUUAUGAUAGUUACUUUUAUAACACGUGGAGUGAGGAGAAACAGUUUAAUGUUGGAGAUAGUUUGAUUUUCGAGUAUGCUAAUGACGCCAACGACGUAUAUGAAAUCAGUGGAGAUCUAGAAUUCAUGACAUGUGAUCCAACUUCUCCUGUUGCUGUGCACAAGACAGGACAUGAUCUUGUUAGGCUUACGGAACCUGGAGUUCAUUAUUUCAUAACCUCAAACUCUGGUGAUUGUGAAGCUGGGCUUAAGCUUCGAGUGAUGGUGGGACCAGUACCUAAAGCUGUUACUUACCCUAAUUUUCCAAAGAAGGUGGACUUGUCAGCUAUGGAGCGCCUCAACAACUGGUUGAAGACUUUCAAACACCAACCCCAACAUUAA